GCCUUCCUAUUUAUGGAUAUAAUUAGAGCAGAAGAGCUUGAAUUAUAUAAUAGCCAGGAGAAGACUAGAGAGCUUGCGGAUAAGGAAGUAAUUAGGGCCAAGUUUAGGCUCUUGGAACUACUUGGCCAAAUAUAUAAUAUUAUUAUUUAUAUUCGUAGAUUACCAGGCCAUACGGCAGCCUUUAAAGCUCUUGCAAAAAGGCUAAUUCCAAUAAAUAAUUAA